ACAAAAAUCAGGGAGGUGCUUUAACAAACUAUAGACAAUAUAUUGAUUUUGCAGGAUUUGGGCGACACACAGACACACACUCGGAGAAAUGGAGGGAGAAGCGGACGAGGAGAACGGGACCUUCACCAACAUCUCUCUGGCUGAUGACUCAGCCGACGGCGACUCUGCAGCCCUGCGCCCGAACCCGGACGAGCAGCUCUCCACCAUGAACUGUAACAUGGAUGACGUGGAGAAUCAGGUUGAAGUGGAGGAGAAGACGCGCCUCAUUAACCAAGUGUUGGAGCUCCAGCACACUCUGGAAGACCUCUCCGCUCGGGUGGAUGCCGUGAAGGAGGAGAACCUGAAGCUCAAGUCGGAGAACCAGGUUCUGGGCCAGUACAUCGAGAACCUCAUGUCAGCCUCGAGUGUGUUUCAGACCACCGACACCAAGAGCAAACGGAAAUAAACACACUGAGCACGGUGUUUGUUCCUGGCAGAUCGCUCGUCCUUUAACACAGAGGCCAGUAUGCACCGAUGUUCAGGCUUACACACACACACACACAGGCGCUGAGCUCGGAGUUCUCUUUGUUAUGUAAAAAAACUGUUCAUUCUUUGCCUUCACUGCCUUGUGGUCCGGGCGGGUCGUGGUUAAUGUUCAGAGGUCAGAUAUCGACAGCGUUAAUGCUUCACUGUAGCUCUUUUAUCAUCUUCACAACAACCACUUGGAUAAAUAAGUGCAGUUUUUUUUUUUUUAUAGAGCAACCACAUUAGUUUUACUGACCUGCUUGGUUUGGUUUUGUCAUCAUGUUCUCAUGUGUUAAAGCACAGAAGAGGCGUGUCGUGUCCCUGCAGCACUGGGCGAUUAACCUGAACGUGCAUGAGGUGCCAUUAUUUAUACUUCCAAAGAGACAUGCAUGAUUUCAGAUGCUGAUGUUGAUGAUAAUCAGUGAAUUACAACAAUGAAGAACCAUCAUGGACAAUAAACUUAAAUACUGUGUUCUGUUUUAUUUUCAUCAGAGGUGAAGUUGGGGAAAGGACAGUAGGGGCAGACUGUAAAGGCAGACUGUAGAGGCAGUCAGUAGAGUCAGACUGUAGAGGCGGUCAGUAGAGUCAGACUGUAGAGGCGGUCAGUAGAGUCAGACUGUAGAGGCGGUCAGUAGAGUCAGACUGUAGAGGCGGUCAGUAGAGGCAGACUGUAGAGGCGGUCAGUAGAGUCAGACGCCCCUCUCUGGAUAAAUAAAGGGCGGGUGAUGAAUGUUGAGGGUUGUUGGUGUUGGUGAUGUCCCGCGCUGUCAGAUCAACAGUGUCUUUGUUAUAAAUGUAAAUACAGUCAAGUUAGCACCCUAGAGAUCCUAGCCAUGAUACAUCACUUCUAAAACUCAGACUGUGGUUGUUCUGGGCUUGACCCUACAGCCUUCUUAUUAGUAGCCCCUAGCUUUAUCCCCUGAGCUCCACUGCCCCACUCUGCAGGCCUGUGUUUCAGGACGUCAAACACUUCUAUUUCAGUAUUGAUCUUAAUAAUCAUGAUUAAUUAUGACGACAGAUAAACCAAAAAGUGUAAAUAUAAGAUUAAUAGAUUAGUCAACACAGCAGAUUAAUUGAACUAGAGGAAACGUGAUGGUUUUACUUUUUUUAUUAUUAUUAUUGUUAUUAUUUAUUUAUUUAGAUUUUUUCCCCAGAUUUUCUCCCUAAUUUAGUCGUGUCCAAUUCCUCCCCGUCACUAGGGAGCUCCUACAUUAAGGCUACUACUACCACUCAGCCAGGAGGGCCGAAGACUAUCAGGUGUUUUCUCCGAACCGUGUGAUGUCAGCCAACCGCAUCUUUUCGAACUGCUCGCUCGCACACCGUUAGGGGCGGAGUAACACACGGAGGAAAGCGCUAGCCGCUCCUUCCGCGUGCGUGAGCUCACAGACGCCCCUGAUUGGCUGUAGAGCCGUGAUUAAUGUGAGCACAAAGUACCUCUCAUCCCUCCCCCCUGAGAGAGCUCGGCCAAUCAGCUCUCUCUAGACCUCCGGCUGUGAGAGGUUACAGCAUCACCCGGGGAUCAAACCAGAGAUCUCCAGAUGAUAGGGCGAGAACUUUACCACUGCGCCACUCAGAGGCCCGUGAUGGUUUUACUUUAGCAGCCUCCAGAUUUAAGAACAGGUCUUUUCAGAGGAUUAAAAUCUGAGAGAGGAACCUGUUGAGAUCAUGUGACGGAGCAAUGUCGACCACAGUACUUUAGAUUAGAUAUACUGGAUAGACAUCAUCAUCAUUACUACAUGACAUCAACUGUACACACGUAUGGGUGUGAUGGUCAGGUGUCCACAUACUUCUGGUAAUAUAGCAUAUAUUACCAGAAGUAUGUGGACACCUAACCAUCACACCCAUACGCAGCCCUUCCCAAACUGUUGUCAAGCACAAAAAUAUUAAGAUGUUCGUUCACUGGAAAGAAAACUAAACAGAUUCCAGCAUGACUGUGCUCCAGGGUUUUUUUCCCAGAACACUUAAGCUGUACUGAACUCUUUUAGGAUGAAUGGAAGACUGACCCUGUCCCAGGCCGUAUUCUUCAGAGCUCUUCUGGCUGAUUGAACAAAAAUUACGUUACAAACUCAAGCUCAGCGUUCUUCAGCUCAGGUCCAGGAGCUCCAGCUUCCCACACAGUUUAAUGAUCUUUAGACUGAGCUGGAAGUCAAGGCUAAAGGCCCCUGCUCUGGUGGAACGCUCCAUUAUAACAUGUUAUAAGGCUGUUAUGAGAUUUUGGAUGGAGAUGUUCAGCAGGAGGUAGUUCCGUUUACAUCCUCUAAACAACAGAAACAAAUCAUCAUUACAGGGCUGUAAGUGAAAUUUUAAAUUGGUUUAAAAAUAGAUGCACAGUGGAUAAUAAUUGAAAUAGUCUUUUUAGUAAACAAUCAUGUUAUAACAGAACUACAUUAAAUGUUAUAACACAGCUCACUGCAGCAGUAUUCCACAACACUGUCUUCCAGUUUAGUUUCCAGUAAUUUUCUUUCACAGAGAGUGAAUGUAUGUAGGGCGCUAGCUGGUGUCGUUUGUUCACAGAUAAUAGACUGUGAGGCGUCAAACCCCGGCCUGGACGUCGACUCGUCAUGUCCGGGCCGUCAGCCUGUAACCGCUCAGCGCUCUAACUGUUUACUCACAGAUUAUUCCCUUUGUUUAUCAGCGUCUCCAUGAUAAACAAACAGAUUUGUAAAGAGAACAAGAGAUCUCGCAGUACAGUGAAGAGUAGAAUGGAUGACUGGCUUUAGGUUGCGUAUGUAAAAGGAUGGUGAAGACGCGGAUGUGAGACGGCACGAAUAAAUGGACCGUCUGGUUUUACAGUAAAAAGGGAAUCGGUAGUGGUGUGGAGUGAUAUCGACCUGAGAGAGCAAGCUCUGGAUUCACAGGUGCAUUUGAUUUCUGCAGAGACGGAAAUGACACAAUGACUUCAGAUCCAUCUGAUGCAGCGCGGCCUCAAAGAAUAAACAUUAGUGCAGCAGUCUGUCUGAUUAACAGCCAUCUGAUUAGAAAAAAAAAAUUUUUUGUGGAUGUUAAUUAGUGCAGAGAAAGAGGUGUUACAGAGCUUAUAGUCUGACGCAUCACUGUGCAACACACAGGCAUGAUGGAGCUUCAUUGUUACAAAGGAAUGAUUAUGUAUUACAUUAUUUAUACUUAAUGUAAUUUAAUACUGUAUAUGAACAAUUUUCUUCAGGUAUUAACAUGAACCUGCAAACAUCUAAUGUAGAUAAAGCCUUGUGUGUAAAUUGUACUAUUACAAACCUUUUGUGUUAAUAAACCGUUUUUGUUUUUCCUUA